CUGGCCUGCCGACUGUUGGGCGGUUCCGCGGGGCGGUGUCCGGAGCGCAGCGGAGCCGAGCGCUCGGGGUUCACGCCACACUCCGGAAGGUGCUUGAGUGGCGGGCCCGAGAGCGUGGCCAACAAAAUCCGCGGGCCGGGACCAUGGGCUGCUUCUUCUCCAAGAGGCGGAAGGCUGGGAAGGACUCGCAGGCAGAAGGCGAGGAGGAGCAGCCGAAGCAGUACAGCUGGGAUCAGCGUGAGAAGGUUGAUCCAAAAGACUACAUCUUCAAUGGACUGAAGGAUGAAACAGUAGGCCGCUUACCUGGAAAAGUGGCAGGACAACAGUUUCUCAUUCAAGACUGUGAGAACUGUAACAUCUAUAUUUUUGAUCACUCUGCUACAGUUACUAUCGAUGACUGUACCAACUGUGUGAUUUUCCUGGGACCUGUGAAAGGCAGCGUGUUUUUCCGGAAUUGCAGAGAUUGCAAGUGUGCACUGGCCUGCCAGCAGUUUCGUGUGCGAGACUGUAGAAAGCUGGAAGUCUUUUUGUGCUGUGCCACUCAACCCAUUAUUGAGUCUUCCACAAAUAUCAAGUUUGGCUGUUUCCAAUGGUACUACCCUGAAUUAGCGUUCCAGUUCAAAGAUGCAGGGCUUAGUAUCUUCAAUAAUACCUGGAGUAACAUUCACGACUUUACACCUGUAUCAGGAGAACUCAACUGGACUCUUCUUCCAGAAGAUGCUGUGGUUCAGGACCAUAUUCCUCUGCCUACUACCGAAGAGCUCAAAGCUGUCCGCAUUUCCACAGAAGCCAACAGAAGCAUCGUUCCAGUGUCCCGGGGUCAGAGACAGAAAAGCAGUGAUGAAUCAUGCUUAGUGGUAUUAUUUGCUGGUGAUUAUACUAUUGCAAAUGCCAGGAAACUAAUUGAUGAGAUGGUUGGUAAAGGCUUUUUCCUAGUUCAAACAAAGGAAGUGUCAAUGAAAGCUGAGGAUGCACAACGGGUUUUUCGAGAAAAAGCACCUGAUUUCCUUCCUCUUCUGAACAAAGGUACUGUUAUUGCCUUGGAGUUCAAUGGAGAUGGUGCUGUGGAGGGCUGUCAGCUUAUUGUCAAUGAGAUAUUCAAUGGAACUAAGAUGUUUAUAUCCGAAAACAAGGAGACAGCAUGUGGAGAUGUAGACAGUUUCUACAACUUUGCUGAUAUACAGAUGGGAGUAUGAAGUACAAUGUGGAACCAAGAACUUGGUGUUAAGCCCUUUCAACUUGUCUAUUUGCAGUGGCUUUUACUAAUGCUAAAACUGAUGAUUUGACUUAAUAAAUUGUUGAAUACUCUAUUUGUGUACUUGAGAUUCAAAAUCAGUUCAUUUUAAAUUUAGUAGUUUUUAAUCAGCUUAAAAAUUAAUCCACUUCAAUAAGCUUGCAGUUUUCUUUUUCUGCAUAGAUAAAAGUAGAAGUGGUGAACAGUUCAUGAUUUUAAGCCUAAUCAAACAUUCAAAUCUCUAAUAAUUUAAACUUUCCUUGGUGCAUCAUGAUAUUUGUUUGAGAAUACAUUCCAUUGCUUUUUUUUUAAUUUAGAGGGGUUUGUUACUAGUUAAUCAAGUAGAAUGAACCUAUACACAUUAUUUUCAGGAUACAUAUCCAAUUAAGUAAUGGCUUCCUAGUUGUCUAAUAUGGCAAAUAAAAUUUUGUACUGGAGUUGACAUUAUACUUUAUAUAAAUGAAUUUUUUAAAUUGAUAGAUACUUGAUAACCAGUUUUGCAAGUAACUCUACUAACUGAUGUUGGUAUAGCUGUUUAAAUACUACUUUGUAAGUAGUAUGAUUAUUAGAAUAUAUUCCACAGUUUAGUUUUUAAAGACUGCUAGAUGACUCAUCUGCUUCCUGGUGAGAAAAGGUAUAUGCAACACUGAAACUAUAGCAACCCAAUCAUUUGGCAGUUUCCAAAGUGGUGUUGACUGUUUACAGCUCUUGCAGACCAUUAGGAGAAUGAGAAGAAAACCCUGUGACGUAGAUAAGAAUUACUUAGGCAUGAUGAUAAGCUGUGUAGACUACUAAAAAGCUAGAUAAAUAUUAUUUUCAUUAGAUAUGUUACUCCUAUCAAGUAAUGUUCAAGUAGGAUAAAAUCCUUUUGGUUGCUUUAGUUCGGUUCCCAAAUCACCCUGACCAUAAUAAUUUACCAGGAGGCAAGGGGCGAAGAGCUACUAGUUUAACAAUCCACCUUCUUGGACUCAAUCCCCCCGAUUUACUGAGAUUUAGUCUCCAGGGGAAACUCUGUUUUAAGGAGUUUGUUGUAAUUCAAAGCAAUCCGUACAGAAGAUGUUGUUAGCUUGAUAUUGAGAGAGGAUGGAACCUACCAUCUACAUCAUGUGUAGCAGUAAAUAGGAAAUCAGCAUUUCAUAGGUUUAUUUUUUAAAGGAACCUUAAAUUUAAUUCUAUUUUGGUAAAACUAAGACUGAAAAUAGCC